AUGGCGGCGCCCAUCACCACCGUCUCAGAAGGUAGAGACCUACGGGGCCUCAAUCUGGUCGCAGCGCAUUCACAUAUCCGGGGACUUGGUGUCGAUCCGGAUACUCUCCAGACUCGCGCUACCUCACAAGGGCUCGUCGGACAGCAAAAGGCACGUAAGGCUGCUGCGGUCAUAUUGCAGAUGGUCAAGGAGGGUAAGAUUGCAGGGCGGGCGGUGCUUGUUGCGGGACCACCUAGCACCGGAAAGACUGCCAUCGCCAUGGGAAUGGCCCAGUCGCUGGGCCCGGAUGUUCCAUUUACAAUGCUUGCUUCCUCAGAGAUAUUCUCUUUGGAGAUGUCCAAGACCGAAGCUCUUACUCAGGCUUUCCGAAAGUCGAUUGGCGUGAGGAUAAAGGAGGAGAGCGAGAUUAUUGAGGGUGAAGUCGUUGAGAUCCAGAUAGAUCGAAGCGUUACGGGGAGCAACAAACAAGGGAAAUUAACUAUUAAAACGACGGACAUGGAAACCGUUUACGACAUGGGAACAAAGAUGAUUGAUUCUAUGACCAAGGAGCGUGUGAUGGCAGGAGAUGUCAUCUCCAUUGACAAGGCAGCCGGGAAGAUAACGAAGCUGGGUCGAUCCUUUGCCAGAUCGCGAGACUACGAUGCCAUGGGUCCAGAUACCAAGUUUGUCCAGUGUCCUGAAGGUGAGCUGCAGGUCCGGAAGGAGGUUGUGCACACCGUCAGUCUUCAUGAAAUCGAUGUGAUAAAUUCGAGAAGCCAAGGAUUCCUAGCUCUCUUUUCUGGAGAUACUGGAGAGAUACGAAGCGAAGUCCGCGACCAGAUUAACUCAAAAGUAGGCGAAUGGAAGGAGGAAGGGAAGGCGGAAAUUAUCCCUGGCGUCCUUUUCAUUGAUGAAGUACAUAUGCUUGACAUCGAGUGCUUCUCAUAUAUCAAUCGUGCACUAGAGGCAGAGCUGGCGCCCAUCGUCAUCAUGGCUAGCAACAGAGGCAACACAAGGAUACGAGGCACAACCUAUCAAUCCCCUCACGGCUUGCCAUUGGACUUCCUCGACAGAGUUGUCAUCGUCAGCACCCAGCCUUAUGGCAAGGAAGAUAUCCAGGAGAUCCUCGCCAUUCGCGCACAAGAAGAGGAGAUCGAUCUUAGCCCGGAUGCACUCGCUCUCUUAACUAAGAUCGGACAGGAGUCUGGCCUUCGCUAUGCUAGUAACAUUAUAGCAACCUCAACCCUUCUCAGCCAGAAGCGGAAAUCGAAAGAAGUGGGAAUUGAAGACAUACAACGCAGCUAUAGUCUUUUCUAUGACCCUGCACGAAGUGUUAAGUUUGUGAACGAGUUUGAGAAACGGUUCAUUAGCGACUCGGGGAAUGUCAGUUUUUCCACAGCUGCUGCUAACGGCGGUGAUCCCAUGGAGGUCUCUUGA